AUGUUGUCCCCCAGUUCUGACUUUGAAUUAAUCAUCCGCCAGCAGCCCACUCGGGCGCGCGUGGCCGGUGGGAAGGAGAAAGAACGCAAGCCAGUCGAUCCCCCACCGAUAGUGCAGAUCCGAGUAAAAGAGGAAGGAACUUAUCUCGCGCAACACUAUCUGCAAAGUCCCUAUUAUUUUAUGUGCUGCAGCUUGUUCGACCCCUCAGAUGACGUUCCAGUCCCCGUGCCGCCAUCUACGGCUUUGACCGGUACUUUGGUCUCGUCACUUCAUCGGCUGAAGGACGUGGACAACACAGAUGGGGGCUUCUUUGUCUUUGGAGACCUGUCUGUGAAAGUUGAGGGAGACUUUCGGCUAAAGUUCACGCUCUUUGAAAUGCGAAAGGAUAUUGUUACGCAUCUGAAGUCCAUCAUCUCAGACCGCUUCACUGUGUCUCCCCCAAAGAGUUUCCCUGGAAUGGCAGAGUCGACUUUCCUAUCCAGAUCAUUCGCAGAUCAAGGUGUAAAACUCCGGAUCCGAAAAGAGCCGCGGACCUUGAUAAAGCGAUCAGUCCCACGGCCGGAGGAUUAUCCUCAGCCGGUUCCUCCUCGUUCUCCAGAUCGUUCUUCGAUUCAGAUGCCUGGUAAUACCUUUGGAGGGUACCCAACAGCUGCAGCUGCAGCGAGUCGAGACUACGGUUAUUAUGCCGGCCCGGUCAAGCGGCAACGCACGUCAAUCGACUUUGGUAACCGAGGCAUGUAUGACGAUGGGCGGAUGCGCCAAAUGGAAGCUUAUCCGCAAACCGCGGCUAUGUAUGCAAAUCAACCAGGGGCCUAUCCAACUCCUAUCAUGCAAGGGUAUCCUACAGGACACACGGGUGUUCCAGAUUACGCGAUGUCGUACGGUAUUCCGCCCUCGGCUCAGGUUCCUCAAAUGCAAGACCCAGGGGCCCACAGUCGGUCAAGUCAGCAGGCGACAAUGCAGUCGCUGGGCAUGGUAAACCCACCGGGCACACCUACGGGGGAUUCAACGGGUGCGAUGAUGCAGCAAGGGUAUGCACGGCCACAGUACCAGGCGAGCUCUACAAUUCUUCCCCCUUUGCAACGGAGUCGCAACUUUGCACAAGGGGCCAACGGCGCAACAGCACGAGGGUAUUUUGACCAAACUUCUCAAGCAGCAACCCCCAUCCUCCCCUCACAGCCGCUUGGUACGAAUGAGGCAGAUCGAUAUGGCUCUGCGCCUGGCCAGGCAGCUUUCGAACACCCCGGCUCGUCUAAUGGAACACCCCGCUAA